CGCCGUACUUAGGCUGCCUCGCCGGCUGUUGGCCGCCCCUGCCAGUCGGAGCCUGAGCUAGCGCCGGCUCCGCGAAGCUCGGGAAGGGGAGGGCCGGACUCGGCCGCAGCUGAGCAUCGCCUGGGUGGGCGGCAGGGCCGCGGCCUCUCCGCCGGCAGCACCACCUGUCGCGGGGCGAGACUUGGGGUGAAAGGAAAGAUGUUGUCCCGGAUCAGAGUAGUUGCCGCUCCUUGUACUCUGGCAUGUCGUCAUUUGCACAUAAAAGAGAAAGGCAAGCCACUCAUGUUGAACCCAAGAACAAACAAGGGAAUGGCGUUUACAUUACAAGAACGACAAAUGCUUGGUCUCCAAGGACUUCUGCCUCCCAAAAUAGAGACACAAGAUAUUCAAGCUUUACGAUUUCAUAAAAACUUGAAAAAAAUGAAUAGUCCUUUGGAAAAAUACAUCUACAUAAUGGGAAUACAGGAAAGAAAUGAAAAAUUGUUUUAUAGAAUUCUGCAAGAUGAUAUCGAAAGUCUGAUGCCAAUUGUAUACACACCAACAGUUGGUCUUGCCUGCUCCCAAUAUGGACACAUCUUUAGAAGACCUAAGGGAUUAUUUAUUUCAAUCUCAGACAGAGGUCAUGUUAGAUCAAUUGUGGAUAACUGGCCAGAAAAUCAUGUUAAGGCCGUUGUGGUGACUGAUGGAGAAAGAAUUCUGGGUCUUGGAGAUCUGGGUGUGUAUGGAAUGGGGAUCCCAGUAGGAAAACUCUGUUUGUAUACAGCUUGUGCUGGAAUACGGCCUGAUAGAUGCCUGCCUGUGUGUAUUGAUGUAGGAACUGAUAAUCCAGCACUCUUAAAAGAUCCAUUUUACAUGGGCUUAUAUCAGAAAAGAGAUCGAUCACAGCGCUAUGAUGACCUGAUUGAUGAGUUUAUGAAAGCCAUUACUGACAGAUAUGGACAGAACACACUUAUUCAGUUUGAAGACUUUGGAAAUCAUAAUGCAUUCAGAUUCUUGAGAAAAUAUCGAGAAAAGUAUUGCACCUUCAAUGAUGAUAUUCAAGGGACGGCUGCAGUAGCUUUAGCAGGUCUUCUCGCAGCACAAAAAGUUAUUGGGAAGUCGUUCUCAGAACACAAAAUCUUAUUUCUUGGAGCAGGAGAGGCUGCUCUUGGAAUUGCAAAUCUCAUCGUUAUGGCCAUGGUAGAAAAUGGCCUCUCAGAAGAAGAGGCACAAAAGAAAAUUUGGAUGGUUGACAAGUUUGGUUUAUUAUUUAAGGGACGAAAAGCUAAAAUCGAGAGUCAUCAGGAGCCCUUUGCGCACUCAGCCCCAGAGCAUAUACCUGAUACUUUUGAAGAUGCAGUAAACAUACUCAAGCCUUCAGCUAUAAUUGGAGUUGCAGGAGCUGGCCGGCUUUUCACCCCUGAUGUAAUCAAAGCCAUGGCUGAUAUCAACGAAAGGCCUGUAAUAUUUGCAUUGAGCAAUCCUACAGCAAAGGCUGAAUGCACAGCUGAAGAAGCAUAUACACUUACAGAGGGAAGGUGUUUGUUUGCCAGUGGCAGUCCAUUUGAGCCAGUGAAACUCAAUGACGGGCAAGUAUUUACACCAGGCCAAGGAAACAAUGUGUAUAUUUUUCCAGGUGUGGCUUUAGCUGUUAUUCUCUGUAAUACCCGGCAUAUUAGUGACCAUGUUUUCCUAGAAGCUGCAAAGGCACUGGCAAAUCAAUUGACAGAUAAAGAGCUAGCUCAAGGGAGACUUUACCCACCACUUGCUGAUAUUCAGGAAGUUUCUAUUAACAUUGCUAUUAAGGUAGAGAUUGAUUGAUACUAAUUUUGAAUAUAAUUCAACAUUUUAAGAAAGCUUGAAAUGGCAUUGCCAUUUGGAGUAUGGAAAAAUGCAAUUGAUUAAUCCAUUUAACAGGUGAGUGAAGUCAGAAGUGUGUUAAAUAAAUCUGUUUUAUAAAAUAAGCAACCAGGUCACAAUUUGUUUCUGUUAGUUAAAGAUGAAAGGUUUAUGUUUUUCUUGUUACCUUUGUCAAAACAAAAUCACCCCCCAAAAUACUAUCUUGAGUUUAACAUUACAAGCAUAAUAAUUACAAAUCCUGUUUUUUGCCUAGUGCUUAUUGAAGGCAGGACCAUAUGCCGAAUUAAAGUAAUUUUACGAAGCUUAGUAAAUAUGUCUAGUAUGGUCUUUUUUUUUUUCUAGUAUAGUCUUCAUGGAAAUUAUACUUCAAGGAAAAAACAAGGCCAACUGGUAUAUAGCCUGCUUAUUUAAAAGAGAAAUUAUAUACAUAUAACCAGUAAAAUAGUGGUUGGUAACACCUGAGAACAGGUUGCUUUUAAUAAAUAUACAUUGGAAUAUAUAUUAAAAGCAACCUAUUCUCAUGUAGUAUUUACCAACAAAGUAACAAUUACUGGAUGUACUUUGAAGAAAAAAUUUUAAGAAUCUAGGCAGGAGCUAUUAGGAUAGUGGAAGGGGGUUGGUGGCAUUAUGGCAUCAAAUUGGAAAAGAAACAAACAUUCAGACCUUCUAUGGAAUCUGUUACCUAACAAGAAGGUAAUUAUUUUUAAAACCUCAGUGGAGAGUCAUUUUCAUUCUUUUGAAUAGAGAAGAAAUUCUGUAAGCUUAGUCUGUCAGACACUACCCAGUAGGGGAAAAUGAGAACACUGUCUCUAAUCUGGCCCCAGCGCCCAUGGUAUGAAACAGCCUGCGUAAAUAGUAGGGGUAUAAUGAUGAACAUGUUAGAGAUUUGGUUAAAAUCUUUUUAAAGGAUGAUGUCUUAACCAGGAAGCUGCUUCAGAAUCACCCUGAAGCUUUUUUGUUUGUUUGUGUGUUUGUUUAAGUUUUUAUUUAAGUAAUCGCUACACCCAACGUGGGGCUUGAACUAAUGGCCCUGAGAUCAAGAGUGGCACACUCCUCCGACCGAGCCAGCCAGGCGCCUCCACCCUGAAGCUUCUUUACAAUACAUAUGCCUCUGCCCCUUCCUUCCAGGUCCCCUGGACCACCAGGGACAGCCUUGGCAGGUGUAUUUUCAGCAGGUCCCCAGGGGAUUCUGGCACACAUGCGCCCUGCCUCCCAACCGUUGUCUUCAAGUGUACAUCUGAAUUAUCUGGAGAGCUAACUGAUGGCUCCCGCUGAUGCAGUGGCUCUGGGGUGGGGCCUGAGAGUCUGUAUUUCUUGCCAUCUCCCAGGUGAUGUCUAGGUGUUGGCACAGAGAAGGCAUUGAGUGGCUUUCUUCCAGAGUUUUGAGUGUGAUGUGCAGUUUGUUUAGUGCUCAUAUAGUACAUACUUUAUAUAAAAAAAGACAACUGGAAUUAUGUCCUUCCAUGUAAUUGUUUUCAUCCACUUAUGUCGAGUUUUUGUGGGAUGUUUAUAAGGACAGGAAUUAAUAUAGAACUUUUAAACAGAUUUUUCUGAAAAUAUAUAAAUAGAAUACUGUUCAAUUCUGAAGUAUAGUUUUUUUUUAUUUUUCUAAGUUUUAGAAAAAGUCCUAAUGUUUGUUUAUUUUUGAGAGAGAGUGAGAGCGAGCAAGGGAGGGGCAGAGAGAGAGGGAGACAGAAAAUGUGAAGCAGGCUCAACGUUGUCACCGCAAAGCCCGACACAGGGCUUGAACUUACAAACUGUUAGAUCAUGACCUGAGCUGAAGUCAGACGCUUAACCAACUGACCCGCCCAGGUAACCCUGAAGUAUAGUUUUUAAAUGCGCUUGUUAAGUAAAACCUAGCAGCCAGUUUUCACUUAUGAAAAGAUUAGCUAUCUGGGGCGCCUAGGUGGCUUAGUCGGGUAAGCAUCCAACUUCGGCUCAGGUCAUGAUCUCACGGUUUGUGAGUUUGAGCCCCACGUCGGGCUCUGUGCUGACAGCUCAGAGCCUGGAGCCUGCUUCCGAUUCUGUGUCUCCCUCUCUCUCUACCCCUCCCCUGCUCACGCUCUGUCUCUCUCUCUCUCUCUCAAAAAUAAUAAAUGUUAAAAAAAAAAUUUUUUUAAGAUUAGCAAUGAAAUGGGUAAUUGUUUCUUCUCUGUUGGUUGCCUUAUGAUACGACUUAUCCUUUGUCUUUUCUUUCCUUAAAUUAUCAGCUUCUGCAGAAAUAUUCUGCAUUCUCCUUUUUGCAAAGAAGUUGCUAAUGAAUUAAGACCAAAGCAUAAUUAUUAAGGGGCAUGGAGCAUAAUAUAUUUACUGCCCUCAGAUAACUGAGAAAACUCAAACGGGUGGUAGAGGAGUGAGACAAGUCUUGCCUUAGAAAGAACACUUCAUCCAAAUACUCCUGUAGCUUUUUUCCCCAAGCCACUCAGUAGCUUUCAAAAAGAACUUCAUACUCUUGAACAGCUCCAGGGUUCUGUUGAAUUCACCAAAAUGGAAUCCUCUCUGUUGAGUGUAAAUAACACUUAAGGACACUGAUAGAAAUCUCAAAGCUCUCUGCUGGGAUUCCAUUUAGAGGGACUACCCUAAACAGUGAAAUAGCACCAAUAUCGUGUUUCCAUCCAAAACACGACCACACAUAUUCAGGGACUGGCACAUUGCUGAUUUUAUAGGAGAGAACACAGAAUCAUUAUCUACGAUGGCUCUCAACUGAUUUGUGAUUUGUACUUUAAUGUGCAUCUAAAUGUUAAGAUGAAAUAAAUCCUCUACAGCCAAGCUUAAAUAAAGUAACAUAUUUAAUAUUUAAAAUAGCCAAGAUAAUUUGACUAUAGACAACUUCCCCCUCAUCUGAAAUGAGAAUGUUUUAAUGGAAGCAGAGUAAAAGCUCAAUGCUUUUUUUCAAAUUUUAAUACAUUCAGCUGGACCUGAUUAGGACAUGACUCUUCGUGCAUAAUUCUUGCCAGGAGUUACUCAGGUAAACUGGUGAUUAGACUUUAAAACAAUAAUUAUUUCCCUUCUUGGAUAAGGAAAAUGGUGCCUCUCAGAAAAGUAACAUGAUAUAUUAUGAUACAUGAUGAGGAAAUGUGUUCAUAAUUUAGUUGCAUAAAACAUACAAAUUAAGCCAGAUGACUUUUGGAUGCUUUGUAUAUUUAUGUACAAAUAUUCCCCAGUACAUUUUAAGUGUACAUUUUUCUGAUUUUAAGUGUAUAUCCUAAUAAGUCAUUGAUUCCUACAGUCAUUGAAUGUCACCAACAUGUUAGGUAUGUACAGUUAGCAAAUAAUGCUAAAGUCAAUUUUAUGGAUAGCACCUGGUCUCCUUGUAAGCCUCUAAUAGGCGUCAGCGUACUUCAUUCGCAAAUCACCUCCUGUCACUGCGCCUGUUUUAGAAAGGCCACAGGCACAGGGAGGUUCAAUGCCUUGCGCGAGGUCCUAGCUGGUGAGUAGCAGAGUCAGGGCUCUUAACCUCAGCCCCUCUCAAGGAAGAAGGGCCUGUGUGACGGGUGAUUUUAUCUGGAUCUUAAAUACGUUGUCUCCAGGAACUGUUAUUUCAGAUGAAAACUCACGUGUUCUUCUAAGAUUAGACUUAGGUCCUUUUAAAUGUGUUUUAUCAGUUUACUUGAUUUUUACUUUGUUCCCGUAUAUAACUCAAAUACAAUAUAACACUGUUGUGUUAGUCUUCAGCAUCUUAAGUACUGGAUGUAACCAUAAAAGAUUUGGUUUUGAAUUUGAUAACUUAUAUCAAAGAUUCUCAAGAGCUAGUUCACUAACACUUUUGAUUUGAUAAUCUUUCCAGAACCACCAAUUGCUAUCACUGCUAUGCAAACCAGUUUCAAUAAUGCUUAUACACUUGGUGCCUCUGCCAAUGUGAAUUUGAAUUGUGAGAUAUAUUUCCAUAUCUUGAGGCAAUGAUAUUUUGAUACACUGAUAACUAUUGUAUUAUAGGCAUGUAUAUAUGCCUAUAAUAUGCAUAACUUCUUCCAUUAAAAACUGAGAACAGUUGGGGUGCUUGGCUGGCUCAGUCAGUAGAGCAUGUGACUCUUGAUCUUGGGUCAUGAGUUCAAGUCCAGAAUUGGGUGUGGAGCUUGCUUAAAAAAAAAAAAAAAGUGAGGGGGAGAAAAAGCUAAGAGUUAAAAAGUAGAAAUAUAAAAAUGUAUGUGUGG